AUGGCCGAGAGGUCUGCCUUAGCAGCUGCCAUUUUAUCCACAUCACUAACUGGUCAUACAGUGGCAAUCCCCCAACCUCGACAGAGGUCCCUCUUGGAGACAGACUUCUCUUAUUCAGAGAACAGGAGCAGCAUAGAGCCAUACGCCAGUGCUGCUGAGAUUAAAAGGGAGAGGUGGAAUAACACGGUGAAUGGCAGGCCCUGCAUGCCUUCCUCAAGGUUCUCUGAUGUUGAGUGUGAUGACUAUGAAGAUGAAGAUGUAGAGAAGGAGGUGCUAUUGGAGUCAGAAGGCCAUAUCUAUCACAGUCUUGCAAAGGAGGAUGAGAAUCAGAUUGAACCUAUUUAUGCCAAACAAAACAAAAAGAAAUUUGUGGAUGGAAUCUACAAGUUGCUGUAA